AUGGCUUUAUUUGUUUCUUAUAAUCCAACGCUAUGCAUUACAUACAAUUAUUCUCAAGAAUAUCUUUUCAGCAAACAUCUAUUUUACGUCGAACCACCUCAAACUGCCUUUGCUACCGACAUUAAACCCAUAAGUUAUCCUGCAAAAUGUGAUUUAAAACAAUUACAUUCGGUUUCUAGACAUGGAUCAAGAUAUCCAGAUGAGAUUGAAAUUACAGCUUUUGAAAGUUUGGAAAAAACAUUUGCUAACGUUUCUGUUGCAAAGGAAUGGUAUAAAAAUCCCUUCCCCAUGAGUAAAAAACUUCAAUUGGUCAAGCGAGGAGAAAUAGAACCUUAUUUUGAUGGUUUACAAUGUCGUAAAAGAUACGCAAAAUUUUGGGAUGGGGUGAAAUAUGAUCCCGAAGUUAUAAAAUUUCAAAGUACUCAAACUUCAAGACACGGUGCGUCGUUGAUGGCCUUUUCUGAAGGAUUAUUUAAUGGCAAGGGGCCCUUAGACACUUGCAAAAGCCAACCUAUAUACUAUUCGACUCCACCAUUGUUACAAGAUGCUGAGCAUUACAUGUUUUUCGCUUGUCGACGUUGGAACGAGACCGUUUUUAAUAAUAAUACAUUACGUGAUGAACAAGUCUAUGCUUAUGGUAACAAGACUCUAGUAACAAUUGCCAAGCGACUUUCCGAUACACACCAUAUUAGUCCACCACUUGAUCCACAUCAAGUGCCAUACAUUUUGAUUAAUUGCCAAUUUUGGCUCGCGGCGUUUAAUCGAACCGACGCAUGGUGCUCAUUAUUAAGUCCCAAAGAACUUUUAUUAUCGCGAUAUUAUUGGGAUCUGAGAUAUUAUUAUCAAUUUUUAUAUGGUCAUCCUUUAAACACACGACUGGGCUGUAGAUACCUAACUCAACUUGUAAAUGAAGUUGAAGGUUAUUUGAAUGGGAAUUCUAGCAUGAUAGCCGAUAUAAGGAAUGUUCUAGGUUUUACUUUGAGCAUAUUGUUCGCUACAAUGGGAGUAUUUAAAAACGAAUACCCACUCACGGCAAAUCUUACUUUUGAACAAAUUCAAAAUCUUAAAUAUACAGGCCAUAGACUUAUAUACUUUUCAUCUACGCUUUAUUACGAAAUUUAUACGUGUUCCGAUGAUCGCGUAUUGAUACGAGUAGUAUUUAAUUCUGAACCAUUUGUUGUUCCGGGCUGUGAGAGUGAAUAUUGUGAGUGGAGCAAAUUUAAAGAAAUUUUUGGUGGUAAGAUUGGAUGCGAUUUUGAGAAAAUGUGCGCUUAUCCUUGA